AUGAACGAUUCUGACGAAAUCUUAGCCGAGGAAUUUCAAGAAGUUUACCAGCUUACACCGAUUAUCAAGGUUCUUUGCAUCUGUUUUUACAAUGUCCUCUGUGUCAGUUCGGUUUACGGUAACUCCCUCGUUAUCAUGAUUAUACUUUAUUUUCGAAGACUAAGGACUGCUACCAAUAUCCUUAUCCUUAACCUGGCCAUAGGUAAGUCACAAUUUGACCUAUUCAAUCGAUAG